GGCAGCCGAAUCUCGUUUGACUCGCCGCACAUGUUGUGCGUGUAAAUUUAUUACAUAAAAAUCACUGAAAACUGUGCGGAAAAUGUUUGCUUUGCUGCGUCGCUUUGCAAGCGCCUCCAUCACAAACAAUGGCAAUAGUCGCUAUGCCUCCUUCACCGUCAGGGAUGUGAUGCGCGACACUUCGGAUGAGACCGGUACGCUGCUCAACCGUUUUGCCAAGCACAUUGCCAUUGAGCGCUACAAGUGCGAGGAGCACGUGCUGCCCCCAACGACUGUACGCUACUCGGACUAUUUUCCCAUAUCGGAUGAACGGUACUUUCGCCGCUCCGUGGAGAAGACGGCGGCAACACAGCUGCCGGCACUGAUUAUAUACGCAUCCAGCUAUCGUCCAAAUGCAGCUGGUCCCAUGUAUGCGAUGGCCCUAAACGCGUUGGAUGCACAUGCAGCGUCACAGCUGCAGCAGAUGGAUACCAGUACGGUGCUGGAGACACUAUAUGCAUUCUUGUUCCUCAUUCCCAAUUGGAUCAGACGCACGGAUUUCUAUCACGCGGCCAUGCGACGACUGACGGCGGAGUCAUCAACUGGCAGCAAAGAACGUUUUAUGCAAAUCUGUUUCUACCUGGGCCUGUACAAAAAAUACCAGCAAAACGAUCUGGAGACGCUGCUCGCCACACAGCUGGCCGAUCAUUUGGAGAACUUGAGUCCUCUGGAUCUCGCGCUGAUUAGCAAUGCGGCUUACAAGACAUCCACACUGGUCACCGGCGCCGUGCGGGAAGCUUACGAAGCUGCCCUGGUGCAAGCUACUCUGAACUUAAAAUUUGAGCCCGACAACUUCGCGGAUGAUGCGAUGCUCGUCUGCUAUGUGAAAGCCUUGCGUCUGCAGCGCGUACAGGAUGAACGCAUCUGUCACCAUCUGAAGGAGAUUUGCCUGCAGCCGUCCCAGUUGUGGCAAUUGCAACCGCGGGGCUUGGCCCACAUAUUCGCCUAUUUCGCUGAGUUGCGGUGGGAUGAAGCGGAUUGCCUGCAAGCGCUUGUGGAGCGCUUAAUGCAAUUGAAACCCAGCGAAUUGCGUGCAAAGGAUUUGGCCACAUUCCUCUGGAGCUGUGCUCAACUGAAUUGCGACUUAAGUGCCGCACAGCUGAGGCAACUAGAAGUGAUUGCGUUGCGUAAAUUGGAUCAAGGCGAAUAUGACCGCUUCGCCGAUCAGUUGGUUGACACUUGCCUUUCCCUGUGCACCAUGGGUCAUCACUCCAAGCAGCUUUUCGAUGCGGCUGAAGAGCUGAAGGCCGCACAACAGCAACGCCAGCGUGCCCAGCCCAAAGUGGACAGCCGUCUGAUUGUGCUACGAUCCGCAGUGGCCAUCGAGCAGCCCAACUGGACGGAUAUGAAGAUGCAGCAGGCAUUCAAGGAGUUUACACGUGUGCCUGGCUAUUUGCUUCAGCAACGCGACGACCUUACCGCCUACGCCAAGCAAUUGGCCAGCGAUCCUGAAGUGGAGGGCGUGGAUCUCGUUUGUCCCAUUGCUGGCAUCAAUUUGCCCAGUUUGCGUGUCCAGACGAUGGGUGAACAGUCUACGGUUUAUUUUAUAGAGUUGCUGACGCCUCAACAGACGCUAAAAUUCAGUCGAAAGGCGACUUCGCUGAUGCGUCUGAAGCGUCGUCUCUUGGAAUCCGUGGGUCAGCGCGUGGUUCUGCUGCACUCUGGCGACAUGGCAACCAAUGCGCAGGCGCUACAUCAGCUCUUGGAGCAGGCGACAGGCGCUAAGAGUGAGACAAAGCAGGCGGUGCACAGCCUGAACAAUUAAAACAUGUGAUAUAUGAAAUAUAUAUAUAUUUAUAGAGUCCA